AUGUUGAAAGGAGUUUUGGGAGAGGUCAUAUCGGAGUACCAAUUGGCUUUCAUCAAAAGGAAAUAUAGUUUGGACAAGCCUCUUGUGGUAAACGAAAUCAUCACGUGGUGCAAAAAGAUCAAUAAACAAGUGUAUAUUCUGAAAAUUGAUUUUGAAAAGGCCUAUGACAAUGUUAACUGGAACUUUGUGAUUGACACUAUGAGGCAAAUGGAGUUUCCCGGCAUUUGGUGUGAUUGGAUUCAUGGGGUUUUGGAGUCGGCUAGAUCCGCAGUCCUCGUUAACGGAGCUCCCACCUUCGAAUUCCAAUGCGGUAAAGCUAGGGAUGGAGGUGUGGUACAUGGUAUUAAAACCCCUAAUUACGGGCCUAUCAUCUCACAUCUUCUUUAUGCGGACGAUGCCAUCAUUAUAGGGGAAUGGGAGGCUGAAAAUUUACUGAAUGUCGUGAGAAUCCUGCGAGUAUUCUACAUGUGCUAUGUGCUGAAAAUAAAUCUCAAAAAAUCUAAUCUUUAUGGUAUUCGAGUACUUAACUCGGAAGUGAAGGACAAGGCUAAAGUGGUUGGGUAA